CAUUUUGACCGUGAAAUUGACCCGUCUCCGUUUCUUGCAAUUUUAGUGUUUAAAUGACUGUAAUAACGUUGUGACUCUAUUUCUGAUAGUGUAUCAACGUUUCGAGGCCUUUUAGAAAGUAAAAGAUCCGGGGAGUGAAUUUUGGAGCGCGCGUGAUCUGCGUUCAGGUCCGAGCACCAGUAGUCAGCGUUGAUCGAGUUUGGAGAAUUUCUGGUCUGGAGACAGGGGUGAGCACACAGGGUUUUGUACUAUUUCAGUCUCCAUCUGUUUAUAUAAAGACUUGUCUUUUACUUUUCGAGACAGUCUAGUUUCGGUGGUCCACUGUUGGGACUUGUACUCGUUUUGUUGGUAGCUCUGUAUUAGUGACUUCCAGGUUCUGGGAGGGAUCCUUUAUUGCAUUUAUGUUUUGUUUUGCUUAUGUUGUUAUAGUAAUUUUUCUUAGUCUUGUUUAGUUUCUACCCUCACACCCAUUAUGUGUGGUUCUGGGUUGUGGUUUGGCUUACCUACUGAUGGGUUAUAGUAGGUGCCUUCAUGGCUCGAGAAAUUGGGUCGUGACACCCUGUUCCCGCCAAUGACUGAGGCAGGAGAUUCUUCUCUUUUUCUUCUGUGACGGAAUUACCCCUGCAAUAUUCCCAGGCCAUUCUUAUGUGUAUAACGAACUAUAAACAGAAAUCACGUUCUUCAUUCUUCUUCAUCGAAUUUCCGAUUCCGUUUUCCCUCCGAAGCAAAAAACAUGAAGUUCUCAGAUAUGAAACUCCAGGCCAUGAAUGCUGUGAGAGCUUACUUCGUAAGGAAUUGGACAGUAGAAGACCUGAUGAAUAAUGGAGAAAUGACCCAGCACGCUUACGCAAGCUUGAAGACGGUAUAUCUUACUCUCUCCUUUGCCAUGUGGCGCUUUACUUCUGGAUCCUUCUCUCACUGGAUAUGGGAAGCGGGAGGGCGGUUCACAGUCCUUUGUGCUGUAGCAAGUUUACUCUGUCUUUACUUGAUAUCACCAUUGAGAGUGAGGACGAGGGUCUUACUCUUGAUGAUUGCUGCCUUUUCCAUUGGUGCUUCUAUUGGCAUUUUUACCAAAUAUUUCUUUGAAAUAGAUCAAGUCCUUGUUGUCUGCCUUUUGGCACCUCCAACACUUGGCAUUGGAUUUAUCUGGUCUGAAUCCUUGUUAGCGAGGGAUAGGAGUGAAAUCUACCUGGCCUGCAUGUUCUAUUCUUGGGCUGUAAUGUUCUCCACCUUUGUUGCUACUAAAUCAGAAUACAUUGACAGUCAGACAGCUCAUUGGAUGUUAAAGGUAUGCAUUGUGUUUGCAUUGUUCAUGGGAUACGUUGUGGUAUAUAGCCAAGAGAUAUUGUAUGAUGCUCGCUUUGGAGAAAUUAACUUUGUCAAUCGCACACUCACCGUCUUCUUCCGUUUACCGGGUAUAGUGGUCCAUGCUGCAAGACUAUGCCUGACUGCAUAAAUUGAGCAACACAGACAGAAUCACGGAAUGAAUGCUGAUACACUUGGAACUGUAGAAUAAAUAGAGAGUAGAAUGCAGAUGGAGAGAACUGUAAAUGAUGAAUUCCUUUGUGGCGAAUUUGAAAUUAGUUAGUCUGAAGCCAAGUGCUUUGAAUAUAUUCCUUGGCCAAAUA